AUGGCGGCGCGCGGCGGUCCCGCCCCCUCCGCCGCGGCCCCCGCGCUCCGAUUGGCCCGCGCCCCCGCCACUCACCGCCCGCUCCCGCCCUCCCCGCGCCGAUUGGCCGAGCGAGCCGUCACUCACCGCGAGCGGCGCCGCGGAUUGGCCCCCCCUGCUUCUGGCCUCGCGCCGCCCCUGCCCCUGCCCGGGGCCUGCCUCUCGCCGCGCCCCUCGGCCGGCCCCGCCGGGGGCGCGGGGGCCUGGAGGGGGCCUGGCGGCGGCGGCGGCGGCGGCGGCGCGGGGCGCAAGGACGCGUUCGCAGACGCGGUGCAGGCGCGCGGCAGGUACGGGAUCGCGGCCAAGAUCGGGGGACGCCCCGCCCGUGCCUAACAACAACCCCCCGACUUCGGGGGCUUUGGGGGGCAGAAGCGGCAGCUGGAGGACGGUGAUCAGCCCGAGAGCAAGAAACUGGCCACGCAGGGGACGGUGAGGGGGGCUGGGGCGCUGCCGGCGCCCAUGGGGCCCAUCCACCCGCCCCCCAGGACGACGGUGACCGAGGAGUACCGCGUGCCCGACGGCAUGGUGGGCCUCAGUGAGUGGGGCUGGGGGCCGGGGGGGGAGCAGAUCAACAAGAUCCAGCAGGUCGGGUGCAAGGUGCAGAUCUCCCCAGACAGCGGCGGGUUACCCGAGAGGAGCGUGUCCCUCACGGGGUCCCCGGAGGCCGUGCAGAAGGCCAAGGCCCUGCUGGACGACAUCGCCUCGGGCAGGGGCCCCCGGCCCCUUCCCGACUCGGCCAACGGGCAGAACGGGACGGUGCAGGAGCUGAUGAUCCCUGCAGGGAAGGCUGGGCUGGUCAUUGGCAAGGGGGAGACCAUCAAACAGCUCCAGGAACGCGCCGGGGUGAAGAUGAUCCUGAUCCAGGACGGUUCCCAGAACACCAACGUGGACAAACCCCUGCGCAUCAUCGGGGAGCCCUACAAGGUGCAGCAAGCCUGUGAGAUGGUUCUGGACAUCCUGCGGGAGCGCGACCAGGGCGGCUUCGGGGAGCGCUCGGACUACGGGGCCCGGCUGGGCGGGGGCAUCGACGUGCCGGUACCCCGGCACUCGGUCGGGGUGGUGAUCGGGCGCAGCGGGGAGAUGAUCAAGAAGAUCCAGAACGACGCCGGGGUGCGGAUCCAGUUCAAGCAAGACGACGGGACGGGCCCAGAGAAGAUCGCCCACAUCAUGGGACCCCCCGAGCGCUGCGAGCACGCGGCCAGGAUCAUCCAGGACCUGCUGCAGAGCCUCCGGAGCGGCCCCCAGGACCCCGGGCCGGGCUGCCCCAGGGGCGGGCCGGGGCGGGGCCAGGGCAGUUGGGGCCCCCCCGGGGGGGAAAUGACCUUCUCCAUCCCCACCCACAAGUGUGGGCUGGUCAUCGGCAGAGGGGGGGAGAACGUCAAGGCCAUCAACCAGCAGACGGGGGCGUUCGUGGAGAUCUCGCGGCAGCUGCCCCCGAACGGGGACCCCAACUUCAAACUGUUCGUCAUCCGCGGGACCCCCCAGCAGAUCGACCACGCCAAGCAGCUCAUCGAGGAGAAGAUUGAGGGUCCCCUGUGUCCCGUGGGUCCCGGGCCCGGCCCCGGGGGUCUCCCCGGCCCCGCCGGCCCCAUGGGCCCCUUCAACCCCGGACUCUUCAGCCAGGGCCCCCGGUGUCCCCCGCACCCCGGGGUCCCCCACCAGUACCCCCAGGGCUGGGGCAACGCCUACCCCCAGUGGCAGCUGCCGCCCCCACGACCCCAUGACCCCAGUUUGGGGCCCCCCCCAGGCAAGGCGCCGGCCCCGGACCCCAACGCGGCGUGGGCCGCCUACUACUCGCACUAUUACUAGCAGCCCCCGGGCCCGUGCCCACCCAGCCCCCCGCCGCCCCCGUGCAGGGGAGCCCCACAGCCCCCCACCGGCCAGGCCGACUACACCAAGGCCUGGGAGGAGUACUACAAGAAACUAGGGCAGCAGCCCCAGCAGCCGGGGCCCCAGCAGGAUUACACCAAGGCCUGGGAGGAGUAUUACAAAAACAAGGUGAGAGCCCCCAAAUCCCACCCUGGGGGCUGGGGGCACCAGGACCUCCCCGUGCCCUCACCCACCCCCACCCCCAGCGGCCCAGGUGGCGUCGGGCGGUCCUGAGCCCCCGGCCCCCAGCCCGACUACAGCGCGGCCUGGGCAGAGUAUUACCGGCAGCAGGCGGCCUACUACGGGCAGACUCCGGGGGCCGGCCCCGCGCCCCCGCCCAGACCCCCCUGA